ACCUUGCUGGAAUAUGCAGAGAAAUGGAAAACAUCAGAAGACCCCCUGCCCCUGCUAGAGGUGUAUACAGUGGCUAUCCGAAGUUACGUUAAAGCGCGCCCGCAUCUUACCUCCGAGUGUGAGAACGUAGCCUUCGUGCUUGAACGUUUAGCACUAAGCUGUAUUGAACUUCUACUGUGUCUGCCUCUUGAUUUACCUGAAAAUAAAUGGGAAGAAUUUCAGGCUUUUGUGCAGGUGGCUCACAAAAACUUGAUGGAAAAUGGCAGCUGUGAACUGCAUGUUUUAACUACACUUACCCAAGAGAAGGGAGUGUGGAAGAACCCAGUGCUCUGCAGUAUUCUUUCCCAGGAACAGUUAGAUCCAGAAAAAGUGAAUGAAUUUUUAGUGUUUGAAGGCCCUGUCCUGCUGGAUAUGCGUAUUAAGCACCUCAUGAAAACAAAGCAAUUAUCGCAAGCUACUGCCCUGGCAAAGCUGUGCUCUGAUCAUCCAGAAAUCAGUGCAAAAGGCAAUUUCAAGCAAACCUACCUGGUCUGUCUUUGCUCAGGAUCACCAAAUGAAAAGCUAAUGGAAGAAAUAGCAGAAGUAGAUUGCAAAGAUGCUCUGGAAAUGAUCUGUAACCUGGAAUCUGACGGAGAUGAAAAAACUGCUCUCAUUUUAUGCGCAGCGUUUUUAUCUCGCCAGCUGCAGCAAGGAGAGAUGUACUGUGCCUGGGAACUGACUCUUUUCUGGAGUAAACUGCAGCAAAGGGUAGAGCCUUCUAUCCAAGUGUAUCUAGAGAGAUGUCGGCAACUUUCUGUGCUAACUAAGACUGUUUAUCACAUUUUCUUCCUGAUCAAAGUAAUUAAUUCAGAGAUUGAUGGUGCUGGACUUGCAACCUGCAUUGAACUGUGUGUGAAAGCGUUGCGCUUGGAAUCCGGUGAAAAUACGGACGUCAAGAUAUCGAUUUGCAAGACUAUUUCCUGCUUACUUCCCGAUGAUUUGGAGGUUAAACGUGCUUGUCAGCUGAGUGAAUUUCUUCUCGAACCCACUGUGGAUGCAUAUUAUGCUGUUGAAAUGCUGUAUAAUCAGCCUGACCAGAAGUACGAUGAAGAGAAUCUUCCAAUACCAAAUUCUUUGCGCUGUGAACUCUUACUUGUACUGAAAACUCAGUGGCCUUUUGAUCCAGAAUUCUGGGACUGGAAAACUCUCAAGCGUCAGUGUCUGGCACUUAUGGGAGAGGAGGCAUCCAUUGUGUCGUCCAUAGACGAACUGAACGAUAGCGAAGUGUACGAGAAGGUUGAUGAUUGCGAAGAUGAGACUAAAGAAACUUCUAUGAAUGGGCUUGCUGGCACUUUUGAUGAGGCUACAAGCCUUCUUAGGGGUAUCAAUGAUGAAAAACAGAAAAAGAGGGAAAUUAAAAAGCUCAGAGAGAGGGGGUUCAUAUCAGCUAGGUUUAGGAACUGGCAAGCUUAUAUGCAGUAUUGCGUGUUAUGCGACAAAGAAUUCUUAGGUCAUAGAAUAGUCAGGCAUGCCCAAAAACAUUACAAAGAUGGAAUUUACAGUUGCCCUAUUUGUGCCCAGAAUUUUAAUUCUAAAGAAAGCUUUGUUCCCCAUGUGACUUUGCAUGUUAAAAAAUCCAGCAAAGAGAGAUUGGCUGCUAUGAAACCACUGAGAAGAUUGGGAAGACCUCCCAAAAUAGUAACUGCCAACGAGAGUCAGAGAACUGAUUCCGUAUCCAAACUGGAGCAGCGGCCCAUUAAGAAGAACAGUCUCUAUUCAACAGACUUCAUUGUGUUCAACGAUAACGAUGGCUCGGACGACGAAAACGAUGACAAAGACAAACCUUACAUACCAGAGAUCGUGCCAGUCCAAAAGCCACUCCCUAUCAAUGAAUUCACCUGCCCUGUAACGUUUUGUAAAAAAGGCUUUAAGUAUUUUAAGAAUCUAAUAGCACAUGCAAAGGGGCAUAAAGACAAUGAAGAGGCUAAACGCUUUCUUGAAAUGCAGAGCAAAAAAGUGAUAUGCCAGUACUGUAGACGACAUUUUGUAAGUGUUACUCACCUGAAUGAUCAUUUACAAAUGCACUGUGGCAGCAAGCCUUACAUCUGCAUACAGAUGAAGUGUAAGGCUGGGUUUAACAGUUACGCUGAGCUGCUGACGCAUCGGAAAGAGCAUCAGGUCUUCAGAGCGAAGUGUAUGUUCCCUAAAUGUGGCAGAGUGUUUUCUGAAGCCUAUUUGCUCUAUGAUCACGAAGCACAACACUAUAAUACCUAUACCUGCAAAGUCACGGGCUGUGGAAAGGUGUACCGGUCUCAGAAUGAACUGGAAAAGCACAUCGAGGACCACAACAAGCAGCCCGAAGAAGUACAGCAGCCUGAGAGCCAGCCUGAUCAGCCUGAUCUUAGUCAACCUUCUGAAGAUGCUGAAAAUGCUGAUGGAGUUGCUGUUAAAGAGGAAUUGACAUCUCCUCUGGCUGAUGACCAAAGCAGUUUUACUGAAGGAGAAAAUAUUGUCUGGAAUGAAAUCAAAGCAGAGCCAGUAGGGAAUGAAAGUGUAAACGCAUCAGUGAGUAUACUGGAGCAAAGCGAUUCCUUGCCCAGUGCUGGUUCGGAGCAGUCUCCUUCAGAUUCAGUGAAGACAGAAGUGGCAAUUCCAGCAAGCAGCAUUAAGGUGACUGCAGUUAACCAGAAGAUCCUAGAUAACAUUGCAAAAAGAGGUAAACUGGCUGCUGCUGACAUGCAGGUAGAUACUACUAAACCUGGAGCCCAACUGUUGUGCUCAUCGGUUGACUCUUGUUUUCCAGUUUUCCAAGAGAGGAGGGAAGACGACCAUCUCAGUCAGAAUGUUCAGAACGUUUCUGUGACCUCAGACACACUAAAACCAGAAGCCCUUGAAUCAAAAAGCUUAGAAAGACAAGCCAGCGUCGUGAAUCCAUUCAACCUGCAGAAUCAGGCAGGGUAUCGAAACAGCGUGCCCCUGUCCAAACUUGAAAUUGAAGACAGUAUUAAGGCUGCAGCUAAUCUAUAUAACCUGCCUUUAAAAACAUUAGAAAGUAUUACAUUUGUCCCUUCGCAGCCUAACGUCACUAACUCGUUAGUUCCAGCUGUGCCGCCGGCAGCCCCGGUUCAGAAGUUUAACUGUCAGGUCGAGGGAUGUACUCGAACGUACAACUCUUCGCAGAGCAUUGGCAAACACAUGAAGGCAGCACACCCUGACCACUAUGCCGCUUUUAAGUUGCAGCGUAAGAACAAGAAGCCCCGGAAGUCCAGCGGUCUGCAGCACGUGCCCAGCGAUGGGAAGGUCGUCUACCUCGCGCUGCCCCAAGUGGGCAACCCCAGCGCCGCUGCUUUUGCUGCGCAGAACAAACCCAAUUUGAAUCCUGCCUGUUCCAGUCAAGUGCAACACGUCUCAAGUACGCUCUUCCCAACCCACCUAGAAAAUGUGGCCAAUCCUCUGUUGCCUGCCGUAGAAAGUGUCAUAAAUCCAGGUUUGUCUACUCGUAUUAAAAGUGAGCCCGAGAGUGUUUUAUGUUCACAGAUGGAAAAUCUGUCUGGCACAACUUUACCUUCUCAGUUGGAUGACCUGGCAAAAACAGUUAUGCCUCUGAAUAUUGAUGGCAAUUCAGACCCUUUUCUUCCUUUGCCCGCAGAAAAUGGCCCACUGUCUCUCUUUCCUUCCUCAGCAGAGAAUCCCCCUAAUUCAGUCUUCUCACAAGUGGAAAAUAACACAAAUAACUUUUCAUCACAAUUAGAAGGGAACACUAGUUCUGCUUUCCCAAAAGAGGAAACUGUUGAUCAACUGUUUCCCUCACGGUUGAGUACUGAAAAUAACUUCAGUGAAACUAGUUCUCAACAUCCAGCUUCAGACAAGAUGAAAAAGGAUCAUUGCCGGGGCCCAAAUGGGAAAGAAAGAAAACCAAAGCAUAACAAGCGGGCAAAGUGGCCAGCAAUAAUUCGGGAUGGCAAAUUUAUCUGUAGCAGGUGUUUCAGAGUUUUUACUAAUCCUAGAUCCCUUGGUGGUCACUUAUCUAAGAGGUCUUACUGUAAGCCUCUUGAUGGAUCAGAAAUUUCUCCAGAAGCUUUGCAGGCUAAUGGACAAUCUUUGCUUGCCAGUAUGAUUCUUUCCUCAAACUCAUUACACUUGCAUCAACCCCAGGAGUCUGCUUUCAAUCCAGAGAUGUAUUUUAAAGAUCCAUCAUUCCUCCAGUUACUUGCAGCUGAAAAUCGUUCCACAGCCUUACUGCAGACUAUGUUUCCACGGGUCAGCAUGACUAACUUUAAUAGCAGUGGGAACGAGGAAGGAAAUCAAAUUAUAAAGCAAGCCUUGGAAACCGCAGGGAUCCCCAGUACCUUUGAUAACCCAGAAGUACUUCCACACGUAGUUACGAGUCGCGUCACUGGUACCGCUCCGAUAAGUGCAGCUCUUCUUCCCAACUCAACCACGUCCCCCCUCCUGCAGACAGUCUGUAACCCCAGUGCCCUGCUAACAGACCAAAACAGGAUCCUCAAUGCCAAAAUUCCUCCAAUAAAUGAAUGCAAAAGUUUGCCUGUUUUUGCAACAGAGGACUUAAUGCUAAAGACUAUUGAAAACGGCCUGUGCCCUGGCUCGUUUUCUAACGCUCUAGCAGCUGCACAAAACUUCGCAGGGAGCAGUUCACGAGUUUCAGUUAUAAGUAGUCCCCAAAAUUCAGGAUCGAGUGACUUGAAUAAGAAGGGAACCAGUGCUUCAAAGAGGAAGAGAAAAGCAACUACACCCUUGCUUGCACCCAAUACACCACAAAAAAUUGCAGUAAAUAAUGCACCGAUGAUGGGACUUGUAAUGAAAAGCACCGAAGGAAACAUGCAAAUGCAGGGAGAAAGUUUUCAGGCCAACUUGCUGGCAAAUUGUGGCUCUCAAGCGGUGGUGGAAAAUCUUACGCAGAAACUCAAUAAUGUUGACAAUCAGUUAUUUAUGGCCAGUAUCAAAGAGAACUUCAAAACAAAUCUGGAAGCUCAUCCAAUGCUACCCCCUUUAACAGUAAAAACUGAAAAUGGGGAUUCCCAAAUGAUGCCUGUAACACCUUGCGUGCAAGCAAAUUUGGAGGAACAGAUUUCAGAAGACAAUGUCAUGCAGAACUUUGAAAAAACUCUGGAAAUUAUCAAGACUGCGAUGAAUUCCCAGAUACGUGAAGUGAAAACUGAAAUUCAGGAUACCAUUGCUGCUUCAGGACAGACCUUGCAAGUAAAUAACGCUCAGGCCUCCCUGGGAGAUUCGAUCCACAGUGUAAAACUACCCACUCCCACACCCUUUGCUGUGCACCCAGGGAGUGGCACUGCUGCAAAGAGUAGCUCUCCUCAGUCUGAACCAUCUCAAAAGGAUGACACUCAAAUGUUGGAAAUUCUGGAGGGCUUGCAAAAACUGAAACUAGAAAGUGAUCCACCCAUUCAGGUUUCUGAGACUAUUUCUCAUUACCCUCCAACAGUUAGGCUAGCACCAGCAAUUCCCGUUGUAUCGACUGAAAAUAAGCUCCUCGUCCAGAUGUCUUCAGAGGCAAAUAACAUUCAGUUUAGUGACAAAGUUAACAAGCCUUUUGUGUGCCAGAAUCCAGGCUGCAACUAUAGUGCGAUGACAAAAGACGCGUUGUUCAAACACUAUGGCAAGGUUCAUCAGUACACAGCCGAAAUGAUACUAGAAAUUAAGAAACACCAGCUGAAGUUUGCUCCCUUCAAAUGUGUUGUAACUACCUGUCCAAAAACAUUCACGAGAAACUCUAAUCUCCGCGCUCACUGUCAGCUCGUGCACCAUUUUACCACAGAGGAGAUGGUGAAAUUAAAAAUCAAAAGGCCUUAUGGCAGAAGACCUCAAAACGAAAUUAUAAACACGGCCCCGCAACCUGUCGAAGUCAAACCUUUGCAGACACUAAUGACAGAAAACAAAACUACAGCUCCAUUGGUCAGUGAAGCUCAGGUAAAAGAAGCUGUAGAGCCUGUGAAAGUCUUAGAGAAAAUUCUGCCCGAAAAUAAUAUUCCUGAAAGACUGGAAAAACCUCCUCAGGUGGUGUUUGUUCCACCAGAGCAACAAAAUGCAGCUUCCCUUGGUAGCACAGAGGAAGAAUCCCAAGUACACAAGGUUAGGAAAUACAGGAAGGAAAAAGAGGAGAGAAAACGUAGGAAGCCCAUAACAAAAUCUCUGGAGUUUCCCACCAGGUACAGCCCUUACAGACCCUAUCGGUGUGUCCAUCAGGGCUGCUUUGCGGCUUUUACGAUACAACAAAACCUAAUCCUUCAUUACCAAGCUGUGCACAAAUCAGACCUCCCUGCCUUCUCUGCUGAAGUGGAGGAGGAGAAUGAGCCAGGCAAAGAAGAACAAGAAGAGGUAGAAACCAAACCCGCUGUCAGAGAGUUCAGGUGUGAGGUGAAUGACUGCUCUCGCAUCUUCCAGGAAGUUACCAGCUUGCUACAGCAUUAUAUGAAGCUCCAUAACAUGACCGCAGAGCAGAUUGGAAACAUGAAAUCAGCUCCAGAGGUGGGAAGGUUUUUUUGUGAUCAGUCUCAGUGCAAGUCUUCAUUUACAACGUAUCUUAGCUAUGUCCUACAUCUCGAGACUGAUCACAGCGUUAAGGUAAAGCCAAGCAAAGUAGAAGACGACGGUGUGUUCAGGUGCGACUGCGAAGGCUGUGACCGGAUUUACGCUACUAGGUCUAACCUCUUGAGGCAUAUAUUUAACAAACAUAAUGACAAACACAAAGAUCAUCUAAUAAGACCCAGGAGACUGACACCCGGUCAGGAAAACAUCUCAAGCAAAGCGAAUCAGGAGAAACCGCUGAAGUCCAAACAGAGAGGACUGAAAAACAGAUCAGGAAAAGAAGGUAACAGACUGGCAAUGAAAACAAAGCGAAAGAAAAACGUGAACUUGGAAACCAAAAACUCAAAAACAAUGCCAGUUCCAGAAAACAAGGCUUACUCCCUGAAAUGUGGCAAGCACGUGUACACCAUCAAGGCUAGGAACGAUGCCUUGUCAGAAUGUACCAGCAGGUUCAUCACUCAGUAUCCCUGUAUGAUCAAGGGAUGUUCCUCCGUAGUUACCAGCGAAAGCAACAUCAUAAGGCAUUACAAAUGUCACAAGCUGUCCAAAGCAUUCACCUCCCAACACAGGAAUCUUCUUAUUGUAUCUAAAAAGCACUCUGUCCCAGAAGUAAAGGAAGCCUCUUGCGAGCAAGAGGAGACUGAUAAAACAAGUGACAUGACAGAGCCUGAACCAAGUUUGACUGUGAGCAAUAAUGACCCAAGCACACCUACGUUACCGCAAAAGGAAAGUGAGAAAGGUGAGAAGGACGAAGUGGAUGAACUGACAGAACUGUUCAUAACUAAACUCAUAAAUGAGGAUUGCUCGAGUGCUGAAAGUCAAGCAAAAGUUUCUUCCGAUGUAAAUAGUGACUUGCAGGAGACCAGCUCGUGCCCCUUAGAAAAGCAAAAACCAAACAAUUUAAAAAGAGCAAACAAAGAAAAAAAUGUCUCUCAGAAUAAGAGGAGGAGAGCUGAAAAAGCAGAGGAAGCACUGCCUGCUGAGGUGAGUAGCGUGCCCAGGGAGGAAGAGACUGCCGUCGCCAUUCAAACAGCUGAAGAGCAGCCUGCCGCUUUCGACUGGAGCUCAUUUAAGCCGAUGGGUUUUGAAGUGUCAUUCCUCAAGUUCCUUGAAGAGUCUGCUGUGAAGCAAAAGAAGAACAGUGAAAGAGACUACCACAGCAGUGGCACCAAAAAAGGAUCCCAUGCAAACUCCCGAAAGCCGAGCGAGAAGACGCCCGUACCAGCUAGCAACGUCACCUGGUCGUGCUCCGAGACGGAAACCCUUGUCCCGUUUGCCAACCCAUCGCAGCUUCCGUGUGGCGCCAACGUCAAGAUCGUUUUAGACCAGACUUUCAAAGACUGCACCGAGCGUGCGCUCAAGCAGCUGCAGGAGAUGAAACCUAUCGUCAGUUUGAGAAAGCUCGAAGGACGCUGGGAAGAUAAUCCAGAGGUUACGGCUGCAAAAGUUACUGUUGUGGGUACCAAGGAAAGGGAGAAAAAAUACUGACUGCCUAAUGUGUUUAACUAUGACCUUUAAUAAAGUUUAUUUUGACUAGGAAGCCAUCAAGCAUGCUAGUAUCUGUGGAGCUCUUUUUAAUUUCCAAGUGGUUUAAUCUAGCAAAAAACAUGACACGAGUCAUGUAAAUGUCUUAUUUGUUUUCAUCCCUAUGGGACUUGAAGAACAGAGUAAUCGCUUCAGUUUUGUAAAUACUUGAUCAAAAACCUCAACUUUCUAUCGGACACUGUCCUUCCCAUGAACGAGAUCUUUGUGAGUCGUCCGUGAUUGGUACCUUUCACCAGGUCACUGCUCGUGUAUAACGGUUCUCUUUAUUUGUAAGAUACUUUUGGUUCGGG